UUCGAAAUUUAUGACAAAAACCCGAUCAUUUGAUACCCAUAUAAGGCUUUCUAGUCAGAAAAUUACCAACACAUUGAAAGUAUGUUUACAUGACAGCUGGACGUUUGUUUGCAUCUGGUUAUCACUUUCUAGCAAUUUUUUUUUGUCUGGCGACUUCUAGCUGGUUUUUUUGACUGACCGCCCGAUAUGUCAGCCAAUAUACUUCGCAGGGCUGUGACAGCUCGAGCUCGAUCAUUGUUUGCAUCAGGGCACUGUGACGAGGAGUUCAUCAUUUUUGGGUUAAAUUAUAUUUUCUUCACUGGGCCUAGAAAGUCUUAUUGCAAUAACAAAUAUUUUGAGGUUUUUUAGAGUAAGAAAUUGCAUUUGCAAAAUACAGAAAAAAUACGUCCUUUGUGAAAGUUUUCAUGUAACUUUUAAAAUUAAAAUGGAUAGCUGCCAUCCCGAUUCCAAAACACUAUAAAUUUUUGAUGUUUGUAUGAUUUUUCAUUUGAUUAUAGCCAAUGUCUCCCAUAUAGCCAAAAUCCCAUAAUUUCGGUGCUUCAGUUAUGCGGUGCUAAACCAAGGCAUGACUGUAGUCGCUUUUUUUCAAUUUUCAUACAACACCCAUAGGCCAAAUGGUUCCCAUGCAUGAAUUUUUCUUGAAAUUUUGAAUCGACCACUAAAAGUUCAGAUCGUUCCGAGGAAUUUUUUGCAAAACGAAUCACGCUAAUGGUGAACAAACUGUUUUACAAAUUCUCAUAUAAAAUGGACGCAUGAUUUUCCAAUGUUUAUAUGAAGUUUAGGAGGGAUUCGUACCUUGUACUUGUUGCAUGCAAUUUUUUAGUCAAAUGGAGCUGCCGCAAACCAUCCUAAUUCUUCACCAAUUAUAUAUGACCCUUGAGACCUUUCAGUUCUUUCUUCGUAAUAUUUUAGUGAUGACUCGUAUGCAUUUUUUAUGUAUUGACGUUUAAAACUGACCAUGACUCUCACAUCCUAAAUGAAUUUGUCAGGUGAACCCCCUUUUUGGAUCCGUGUUCAAGAAGAACUGCAAAAUAUCAACCUGUCCCAGCUACAGGGUAAACAACGACCUCUUGUAGAGGUAUUUCUCAUUUAUCACUUUGGCGCGCCAAUCGAACUGAAUCACGUGUCGUGCUCCAUCCAAUAAAGACAUGACAAGCCAUUUACGUCCAAUUAGAGAUGCAUCGCCACAACACACAAAUCAAUUUACUCAAACCCGCCAUGAUAUCGAUGAAUUCCACAGUUUCGUCCCCCCGACAGUGGCCGAACUACCGAUGAGUCUGAAGAACCUGGCCGUUGACAACGUGAUCAUCGCGGAAUGUUCCGACCCGGCCCGGUUGAGGAUGUUCGAGGGCAAACAGCACUGUAGCUUUGAGCCGGGAGGAAGAACCGUUUGCUUCCGAGGGUUGGACACCCGCAGGACACUGCACAGCCAGGGUCGUUUCAACCGGACCAAGGAGUUGAUACUGUGCGAUUGGCCAACGCAACGGUUCGACCCGCGCGAGCUGGCGGAACUGGUUCCAAACGUGGAGAAGUUUGCCAUCACUGGAGAGCGGAUGUGGAUGCUCAAGUAUGACUUUCCACCGCUGAUGAACCUGUGGGCGAUUAACAUCACCGGAACUAAGCUGAACCAGACGAGGGCGUCCUCGUUUCAACGACUUCCGGCGCUGAGGCAACUCAACAUGAGGGGUAACGCGCUGGUGGAGAUUGUUCCGUUCGUGUUUCGGAGCGCCCACGUGGACAUCUAUCUGCAAGGUAAUCCCUGGAACUGCACCAACGACAUGAUCUGGCUGCUGGAGGAACGCAGCGGCUUUUACGCGGACAAAUCCCUGCUGGUUUGCAAAGACUGGAAGUACACCGGUCGGCCGAUGGUGACGGCCAUGGAGUACAAACGAGUCCUGCGCGAGCACUGUCGAAGCCACGAGGAGAUUCGCAACUGCACCUGCCGCAUUUCGUACCUGCGGUUGAGCGACAGCGGGAAGGCCUUUCAACCGAUGGUGACGGUCAAUUGUACGGGGAAGGAGUUUUACAGAUUGCCGAGCUACUUGCCGCCGAACACGACGGUUCUGCACGUGGCCAACAAUCGGAUAACCGAGGUGGAACUGCUGACGCGGGUGGAGAUGUACAUGCAGGUGAAGGACAUCUAUCUGGACAACAAUAAUAUCACUUCGAUUGAUAUUUUGGAGGACAGUGAGUGGUUGGACAAUUUCCGGAUUUUGAGUCUUCGAGGGAAUCAAAUCAAGAGGAUCCGCGUCUACACGAUGGAACACGCGCUCCAGCGGAAUGCCCACGUCGGGAUGCUGUUCCUGUCGGACAAUCCGUGGCGCUGCGGGUGCCGGUUUGCCACGCGAAUGCAGGAGUUUCUGCGCAAGCACGAGUCGGUUGUGGUGGACUCGCGCAACAUCACGUGCUACACGCUGAACGACGAGGGUCACAAGUCGUUCCUGCCGGUGAUGACGCUGACGCCGAACGAUGUGUGUCGGGAAACGGAAGAUAACCGGGCGGCCAUUUACGACGUGAUGAGCAUUGUGUUUGCCUCGUUGAUUGCGUUGAUUUUUACGAAGCUCGCGUACGAUUAUUACAUCUAUCGCAAGUACGGGAAGCUGCCCUGGUUGAUAAUGAAGAUGCCCUAAAAGUGUGUGUUUGUUGCGAAUGAACGUAUAAUUGUGAUAUGUAGUUAUAGUGUGUCGCCAGGCGAAAGUUAUCUCGAAUCAUUUGUACUUAAUUAGUUUUGUUUGAUUGCUCCGAAUGCAUAAAGAUCUGUUAA